UGAGAUAGAGCUGAAUGGACCUAACAGUUUCUGCUCUCCCAUCUCCCACCUCGGGGCUUCCUUCCGUCCUGGAGUGGGGAGGCUGUUCUCAGCUUUUCCCCUGCCCCCAGGUGGCAGGACUGCAUUUGUUUUGGGGUAGACAGACCUGUGAGCUACUCUCCUGUUCCACUGGCCUUGGUCCUGGCAGCCAUCACUCUAGUGCCCCCUCCCCUGUCUCCUCCCUUAGCCCCGCCCCAGCCUCUGGCUGGGCCCCACAGCCCUGGACACAGUACACACAGCCCAGAGCCUCUGCUCAAAGGGAAACAAAAGGGACUGCCCAGGUUCCCAUGGCUGUGGCCAGCACCUUCACACCGGGGCUGAAUGCUCAGAAUCCUCAUUAUAUCCCGGGCAUGGGCCAGACCUAUGGGCAGGUGACUGGCCAGCUACUUCGAGGAGCUCCUGGCUUAGCCUGGCCCCCUGCCUGUCGCAUACUUCUGCCUCCCAUUCGGCCUCCAAGGUCUCCUGAGGUUCCCAGGGGAAGCCUGCCAGUCAGGCGUGGCCAUGAAAGGCUCAGCUCCAGCAUGAUCCCUGGGUACACAGGUUUCGUCCCCCAGGCACAGUUCAUCUUUGCCAAGAACUGCAGCCAGGUCUGGGCUGAGGCGCUGAAUGAUUUUACUCAGUGGCAUGGGAAACAGGGGCGUCAGGAGCUGCCAAAGGAGGUCAAGGGAGCGGAUGUGCAGAAGGACCAAGAGCCGAAGGCUGCGCCAGAGCUGGAGGCGGAGGAACCAGAGCGGGGACAGGAGGCGGGACAAGUUUCCCCCUAUUCCAUGGAUGACAGAGAUCCUCACAAGUUCUUCAUGUCAGGUGAGGGGACGUGGGCAAUGACCAAAGGCAUGGGAAGGCCCCUAGGGGGUCCUGACUCAGUACCCCCCUCCCCCCAGGCUUCACUGGUUAUGUGCCCCGUGCCCGCUUCCUCUUCGGCUCCAGCUUUCCUGUGCUCACCAACCAGGCCCUGCAGGAAUUUGGACAAAUGUACUCACAGGGCAGACCCCAGAAGGGCCUCAAACAUCUCCCCCCACUUUCUAGGACCUACUCUCAGAAACUGGGCCUUUUACCUAACUAUGGGGGCUAUGUGCCAGGGUAUAAGUUCCAGUUUGGCCGCACUUAUGGGCAUCUCACCCAUGAUGCUCUGGGCCUCAGCAACCUCCAGAAGCAGCUCGUGGCAUAGGUACCUGGACUUCAAGUUCUCUCUUCCCUUUUCAUCUAUCCCAGCCAUCCUUUUGGAAGGAAGAGAGAUGGGCUGGAGGGUGGGGGGAGACACAAAGAGAAAAUGGUUUGGAGGCCAAGCACCUUUUUUAUUAAUAGGUGUAAUAAAUAAAUAAAUAAAUACAUAAACAGAAGCCUGGGCU